UGGUCUAGCUUCAAUUAACUCAUGAAAUCAACCAUAAAACCACUUAAAUCUCCACAAAAUCCCCUUCUAUUAAUAUGUACUUACUAAUUCUCAAAUUUUUGGCCGAAAAGUCUGGCUUUUUUUUCAACUUUGAGACAUAUACUGUAAAUAUGAAGUUAGAUUCUUAACAAUUCGAAACCCUACAGUACGAUAACAAGAAAAGUACUUCAGGAUACAUUUUCAGAGUUUAUAUCUGUUAUUUGACAUUGACAAAGUAAAUUUAUACUUGGGCAUAGUCAUUUGAACGUCCACAUUUAAUAAAUAAUAUAAUUUUUUAUAUUCACCUUAUGUUUUGAUAAAAACAUCCAACUUGUGUGGCUUCUCAUGCUUACCCGACUUCCAGAAUCAAUAUUUGACUGACUAUUAAUGAACUGGAUUCGAAAAAACUAUCUCUACCGUCAGUCGGAGCGAAAUAUUUGAAAUAAGGAGGCGGCUGUAAUACACAUACCUACGACUUCACGACCGUAAACUAAAUUUACGACUUUCAGUUUUUUAUGAAAACUAUAAAUUUCUAGACAACCAAGACGGGAUCCGGUGGUGUAUAUAUCUAACUUUUAGGUGGAGUUUUGUUCUCUGAGCUGGAUGGUUUAUUUGUGCAGCUUUCAUUGUUCUUCUGAACAACAUCACUAGGAAAAACUUCAGAUAGAAGUGAAGUGUUUGAAUUCCUCCACAUAUAACUUACAGCUUGUCUUGUAUACCUUAAUCUUGAUUAAUUAUUGUUAACCUUUACCCGUCAUUAUGUACCUGUUUAUUUUGAUUGCCACCCUCUCAAAAUCGUAGCUCAUUUGCAUACUUUGAUAUGAAUACAUACAUUUGACUAAUUAUACUUUGGAAGUGCGGAUUAUUCAUCUUAAUCCUUUUCUUUUAAGUUCGUAUCUUUAUAUCAUAAAAUCUACGUCAUUUUGAUUUCUACAAGUCAUUAAUUGAAUAGAUUUUGGACUCUGUUAGUCAAUAAAAUUACAAUAAACAGUCAUUGAGAAAUACUGUAAUGUUUUGUCUCCUGUUUUAUUAGUCAUGUAUUUAUCUAAUUGCAUUAUAUGUCCACUUUGAAGCAAGAUAUAUCACCCAUUGUGCUUAGUACUUUGCUCCGCCAAGUCGAUGAUAGAAAAAUCCACCCAACUAGCAAAUUGGGUGAAACCAUUGUUAAGAACGUUAGAUCCACAGAACUCACAUGGAAAAUCUAAUUUUGUAAUUUUAUUCUGGAAAUUUGAAUUUUAUGUUUUCGCGCUAAGAGACGCUUAGUUGACCUACAGCUUGCAUUUCCUACUCGGAAAUCCUUGACUGUCAUUGGUUGACGGAUUUUUUUAGUACGCCAUUUUGUGGCUCUCCUAAGGGCAUUUCUAUCAUUGUAUAAAUAAGCUUGAUCUGUGUGCUUAUUGAACUCGGGUGCUUGUAGAAUACAUUCUCUACACCUGAUCAAGACAAUGGAUUAGAAUAGUCUAUCGUGUCACUGUGUCUUUGACCUUCGUUCCGCUUACCGAGUAAGGUGAACUCGUAAUAGUAUUCAAGCAUGUCAACUACAAUUUAUGGAUGACGUUUGAGCAACGCCAAAGUGGCCUUGAGAAUGUCCACUAGAGCUAAAUAAGAGUUUAAAACUUGUAUGGAGGAUAAGGAUUGUGAUAUAAAUUAGGGAUAGGGAUUAGAUUAAUAGUUUUCAUCACAAACUGAUACAAGCUAAGAUACCAAGACGCUAUUUAGCCCAAAGGAUAAAGAAUUUCACACGGAAAUCCGGGACGUGUUAUCAUAAAUCUGAUUGAUUCUUCCAUCAAUGAUAGUCUCACCGAAAUUAUUUACUGUUCUAUAAUUAUUCUGCAUAAUGAGCAAUAUGUCAUAAUUCUAUGUUGGUACUGGUUAAUCCAAUCGGUUUUCUCUUUUUUUGUUUUUAAAUACGUCCGUUACUUUAUUACAUUGAUAUCUUGGUAACUGUUAACCAUCUUCUCUGAAUACAGAGAAAGUUGAAUAGAAGACAUCAAUAAACAUCACAGUUAUGUUACUUUACUCAGUAUUAUAAUGAUUAUGUAAAAUCUCAUAUAAACAACAUUGACAUGUACACAUCAUUACACACACCCAACUUUCUUUGUUUGUUUCUUUAUUACAAUAGUUGCCUUGUUACUUAAGUUGUUAAAUAGAAUGUAUAUUACAAACAUUCACACACACACACACACAGAGAGAGAUACAUAUGAGCACAUAUUUAGAAAGUAAUAACUAUCUAAUACUUUAGUAAAGUAACUAUAAUAAUAGAAUUUAAUGAUGUUUUAUCAUAAAUAAAUAUGGCAUUCGACAUUUUUGUUAGAACUAGAAUUCGCCUUUUAUUUAUUAUUGGUUUAAUAAAAUAACAUCAAAUCAAUAGCCAUAUAUGGUUGUUAAGUGAGACAAUAAAUAUAAACUAUAGUAUGGUGUAAUUAGUUAUUGUAGAAACUCAUCACAACAUCCUCCAGUUUAAAAAAUACUAAUCUUUUGACGUUACUUUUCCUAAUUCAAUUGAUUUUUACAAAAUGGCAGAAGAGGAAAUAAGUGCACUUGUAAUUGAUAAUGGAUCUGGUAUGUGUAAAGCUGGAUUCGCUGGUGAUGAUGCACCAAGAGCUGUAUUCCCAUCAAUUGUUGGUCGUCCAAGACAUCAAGGUGUUAUGGUUGGUAUGGGACAAAAAGAUAGUUAUGUUGGUGAUGAAGCACAAUCGAAAAGAGGUAUUUUAACUUUGAAAUAUCCUAUUGAACAUGGAAUUGUUUCUAAUUGGGAUGAUAUGGAAAAAAUAUGGCAUCAUACAUUUUAUAAUGAAUUACGUGUAGCUCCAGAAGAACAUCCUGUUCUACUUACUGAAGCACCAAUGAAUCCUAAGGCAAAUCGUGAAAAAAUGACACAGAUUAUGUUUGAAACAUUUAACAGUCCAGCUAUGUAUGUUGCUAUUCAGGCAGUUUUAUCUUUGUAUGCAUCUGGUCGUACUACGGGUAUAGUAUUGGAUUCGGGUGAUGGUGUAAGUCAUACUGUUCCUAUUUAUGAAGGUUAUGCACUACCACAUGCAAUACUUCGUCUUGAUUUGGCUGGUCGUGAUUUAACUGAUUAUCUUAUGAAAAUACUAACCGAACGUGGUCAUUCUUUUACUACUACUGCUGAACGUGAAAUUGUUCGUGAUAUCAAAGAAAAAUUGUGUUAUGUUGCCUUAGAUUUCGAUCAAGAAAUGGGUACUGCUUCACAUAGUUCAUCACUUGAGAAAAGUUAUGAAUUACCUGAUGGUCAAGUGAUUACAAUUGGUAAUGAACGUUUUCGAUGCCCUGAAGCAAUGUUACAACCAAGUUUCUUAGGUAUGGAAUGUUCCGGUAUACAUGAGACAACAUAUAGUUCAAUUAUGAAAUGUGAUGUUGAUAUUCGUAAAGAUCUUUAUUCAAAUAUUGUUCUAUCUGGUGGUUCUACCAUGUUUCCUGGUAUUUCAGAUCGUAUGCAAAAAGAAAUUUGUAAUUUAGCACCAACAACAAUGAAAAUUAAAAUUGUAGCACCACCUGAACGUAAAUAUUCUGUAUGGAUUGGUGGGUCUAUAUUAGCUUCAUUAUCAACAUUUAAUCAAAUGUGGAUCACAAAACAAGAAUAUGAUGAAUCUGGUCCAGGUAUUGUACAUCGUAAAUGUUUCUAAUUUAACUUUAUAAUUGUAUAUUUUAUUUUAUUUGUUAUUUUUUUUGUUCUUACUUUUUCUUCUUUCAUAUGGAACAUUAUCAUUAAUCCUGUCUAAAUGAUCAUGAUUUGUUUGUCACUAAUUGUUUAUUAGUUAUAAACCUUUUUUGUUUCUUUACGAUUAAAAUUCUUUCU